AUGCCUAAGGCAGAAGUCGGCAGCACAAAAUGGCUCUCCAACAACAUGAAGUCCAAGGGCUUGCAGAGGUUGCGCUGGUAUUGUCAAGUCUGUCAGCGUCAGAUGCGCGAUGAAAACGGUUUCAAGCAACACACACUAUCUGAAGGACAUGUGCGCGCCAUGCUGCUGGUCGGCGAGGACCCCAAGAAAUACAUUAACCAAUACUCGGAAACUUUUAAGAAGGACUUUNUGACCUUGCUCAGGACGUCGCACGGAGAGAAANAAGUCUAUGCCAACCACUUCUACCAGGAAUAUAUCCACGACAAGGAGCACAUCCACAUGAACUCGACUAAAUGGCCCAGCUUGACCGAAUUCGUCAAAUAUCUUGGAAGAGAGGGUAUUUGCAGAGUAGAAGAGGGAGAAAGAGGUUUGGAAAUUGCUUGGGUCGACGACAGCCCUGAAGCACUAAGACGCAGAGAGAUGGUUCGCAAGAAGGAAGCUAUGGAAAAGGGCGACGAAGAGCGUGAGACACGCAUGCUUGAAGCGCAAAUCAAGCGUGCACAAGAAAAGAAGCGACAACAAGAGGAAGACGACCGUCUGAAGCAGACAACCCAGGAUGAAGAGGCCAAACCUAGAAAGACUCAAGAAGGCCCUUUGUCAUUCAGUCUAGGACUGGGAUCUAAGCCGGCAACUACAGAAGCAGUAGAGCCAGCCGCCGGGAAGGUGCCAGCUCCGACCGAGAAACCUGCCGAAGCCAAAGCUGAGCCCAUUCUGGAGUUCAAGACUGAAGACCAGAAGCCGACCGAAGCUCCUGUCGUACCUCCAACUGCACCUAAAUUAUCUCUUGAUCUUGGUUCCAAACCCAAGAGGGUCAACGUCUUUGCGGCUGCGUCCAAAUCAAAGUCCAACCCUCUCAAGGAGAAGAAGCCUGCGCAAGUAGUUGAGGAACCCAAGAAGAUGAGUGCGGCAGAACGCAUUAUGAGGGAAGAGAUGGACAGGAAGCGCAUGCGUGAUGAACGCCAAUCUGGCAGCGGUAAGCGACCCCGACUUGGUUGA